AUGGGGGAGCACAGGGACAACAGAAGAGCACAGGUACAGCACAGGUACAACAGAAGAGCACAGGUACAACAUAGGAGCACAGGUACAACAGGGGAGCACAGGUACAACACAGGAGCACAGGUACAACAGGGGAGCACGACCUACGACAGGGGAGCACAGGUACAACACAGGGACAACAGGGGAGCACAGGUACAACAGGGGAGCACAGCUACAGCACAGGUACAACAGAGGAGCACGACCUACGACAGGGGAGCACAGGUACAACACAGGGAAAACAGAGGAGCACAGGUACAACACAGGAGCACAGGUACAACAGGGGAGCACAGCUACAGCACAGGUACAACAGAGGAGCACGACCUACGACAGGGGAGCACAGGUACAACACAGGGAAAACAGAGGAGCACAGGUACAACACAGGGACAACAGAGGAGCACAGGUACAACAGGGGAGCACAGGUACAGCACGGGAGCACAGGUACAACAGGGGAGCAACCGGUACAACAGAGGAGCACAGGUACAGCACAAGAGCACAGGUACAACAGAGGCGCACAGGUACAACCGAGGAGCACAGGUACAGCACGGGAGCACAGGUACAGCACGGGAGCACAGGUACAGCACGGGAGCACAGGUACAGCACGGGAGCACAGGGACAGCACGGGAGCACAGGGACAGCACGGGAGCACAGGGACAGCAGGGGAGCACAGGGACAACAGGGGAGCACAGGGACAACAGGGGAGCACAGGGACAACAGGGGAGCACAGGUACAACAGGGGAGCACAGGUACAACAGGGGAGCACAGGUACAACACAGAUACAACAGGGGAGCACAGGUACAGCACAAGAGCACAGGUACAACAGGGGAGCACAGGUACAGUACGGGAGCACAGGUACAGCACGGGAGCACAGGGACAACAGGGGAGCACAGGUAUAACACAGGAGCACAGGUACAACAGAGGAGCACAGCUACAGCACAGGUACAACAGAGGAGCACGGCCUACGACAGGGGAGCACAGGUACAACAGGAGAGCACAGGGAUAACAGAAGAGCACAGGGACAACAGGGGAGCACAAGGACAAUACAGACAACACGGCCUCCUCCUUCUCCUCACCUCACGGCCUCCUCCUUCUCACCCUCCUUCUCCUCACCUCACGGCUUCCUCCUUCUCACCCUCCUUCUCCUCACCUCACGGCUUCCUCCUUCUCACCCUCCUUCUCCUCACCUCACGGCUUCCUCCUUCUCACCCUCCUUCUCCUCACCUCACGGCUUCCUCCUUCUCACCCUCCUUCUCCUCACCUCACGGCCUCCUCCUUCUCACCCUCCUUCUCACCUCACGGCCUCCUCCUUCUCACCCUCCUUCUCCUCACCUCACGGCUUCCUCCUUCUCACCCUCCUUCUCCUCACCUCACGGCUUCCUCCUUCUCACCCUCCUUCUCCUCACCUCACGGCCUCCUCCUUCUCACCCUCCUUCUCCUCACCUCACGGCCUCCUCCUUCUCACCUCACGGCCUCCUCCUUCUCACCCUCCUUCUCCUCACCUCACGGCCUCCUCCUUCUCACCCUCCUUCUCCUCACCUCACGGCUUCCUCCUUCUCACCCUCCUUCUCCUCACCUCACGGCUUCCUCCUUCUCACCCUCCUUCUCCUCACCUCACGGCCUCCUCCUUCUCACCCUCCUUCUCCUCACCUCACGGCCUCCUCCUUCUCACCCUCCUUCUCCUCACCUCACGGCCUCCUCCUUCUCACCCUCCUUCUCCUCACCUCACGGCCUCCUCCUUCUCACCCUCCUUCUCCUCACCUCACGGCCUCCUCCUUCUCACCCUCCUUCUCCUCACCUCACGGCUUCCUCCUUCUCACCCUCCUUCUCCUCACCUCACGGCUUCCUCCUUCUCACCCUCCUUCUCCUCACCUCACGGCCUCCUCCUUCUCACCCUCCUUCUCCUCACCUCACGGCCUCCUCCUUCUCACCCUCCUUCUCCUCACCUCACGGCCUCCUCCUUCUCACCCUCCUUCUCCUCACCUCACGGCCUCCUCCUUCUCACCCUCCUUCUCCUCACCUCACGGCUUCCUCCUUCUCACCCUCCUUCUCCUCACCUCACGGCUCCUCCUUCUCACCCUCCUUCUCCUCACCUCACGGCCUCCUCCUUCUCACCCUCCUUCUCCUCACCUCACCUCUCCUCCUCCUCCUUCUCACCCUUCUUCUCCUCACCUCACGGCCUCCUCCUUCUCACCUCACAGCCUCCUCCUCCUCCUCACCUCACAGCCUCCUUUUCGCUCUUGGAGCUCAGGUACCUCUGCACCUGGGACUGGUUGA